AUGUUAUCCACUAGUCUAUCACUGGAAAAAGCGGAUUCUAUAGAUAGAAGCGAUCUAGUGGCGUACUGGAGUGUGCCACUAUUAGAUGGUGUUCAUACGGUAGAGUUUGAACAUGGUACAACAAGUGGAAAACGGGUCAUACGUGUGGAUGGAAAUGAAAUCGUUAGAAGAGAUUGGAUGUUUAAACUAGUUGGCGAUGAGGAAUUUUAUAUAGGAAAACAAGAAGCCAAAUGUCUGUUAAAAGUAAAUCCAAUACCACAUUUUGCCUUUUCUUAUAGUUUGUUAGUGGAUGGAAAAUCGUUAGAAAAAUUUACAGAAAAACAGUCCCAAUCUAUUAGGAGCUGGGCUGUUAUCGCCGAUGGAAAGAGAUAUAGAAUAGUGUUUGAAAAGCAAACAUUAAAUAUUUACGUCAAUGGUGAACAGGUAGAGGCCGAGAGUAACUUCGUGACCAAUGGAACAGAAAUGAGUUUUAUAAUGGGUAACACAUCUGCGACAAUAAGGGCUGAGACGACUCAGAAGAAAGAAGGCGUUGUACAUCAGCUUUUUGUCGAUGGAAAAUGCAUUGAAGAAGACAUUAUAUUUUAGAGCCAAGAAAUAUUUUAGAACCAAUAAAUUUUAUAAUAUAUUAUGUACACAUACGCUUUUUAAUUAGUAUAAAACGAAUUAUUUUAGUAUUGUAUUGUGGUAUAUGCCGGUUUUUAU